UCAAAUAGAGGAUUAAAUGUAAUUUGUUUAGUACGAUUUGUUUACUUUGCAGAAAAUUUAAUUGAACGUCGUAAAUAUUACAAAAAAAGGCGUGUCAUUUGUUCCAGAGCGUGCUUGAACAUAAUUUGACGAUGGCUAGUAAUCCCUCCGCAAUGGUUACACAGACUGUUGCUUCAAAAGUGCAUUUCUCAGAGCUGUGUGGGUUGUUGGAAAAAAUCUCCAAGACCCAGGGUAAUGACAAAAAGAAACGCAUUCUUCAAGAUUUUGUAGCAAAGUGGAGGGAAUCACAUGCAACAAUUCACACAGAAAAUGACAAAACGACAGACUCAUUUUAUCCAGCCAUGCGUUUGUUGUUGCCACAUUUAGAGAAAGAGAGAAUUGCAUAUGGAAUUAAAGAGCACAUGUUUGCCAAGCUGCUGAUAGAGGUGCUCUGUCUUGGCAAGGACAGCCCAGAUGCUCAGAGACUGCUUAACUACAAAGCACCAAAGACCGCCAAGGCUGAUGUGGGAGACUUUGCAAGCGUUGUGUACUUUGUGCUGCAAAACCGGUGCCCAAGUCAUGGCACACUCUUUAUAGAGGAGGUGAAUGCCAAUCUGGACGCCAUAGCAACCAACAAUGCGGCUAAGAAGAAGGAUGUAGUGAGGAAACACAUUGUGAAACUCAUCACAAACAUGUCGGCCCUGGAGUUGAAGUGGCUGACUAGAAUGAUAGUAAAGGAGCUGAAGAUGGGCCUCAGUCAGGCCUCUGUCCUGUCUGUGUUCCACCCAGAUGCUGAGGAGUUCUACAAUGUCAACAAUAACCUCGAAAAGGUGUGCCGACUCAUGCAUGACCCAAAUGUUCGCAUCCAUGAGAUAGGCAUCUCAGUGUUUUCCCCGUUCACACCCAUGCUGGGAGAGCGGGCGUCACCAGAUAAGGUGGAGAAAUUGAUGGAAGGGAAGCCAUAUAUAAUUGAGACCAAAUUUGACGGAGAGAGAAUGGUGCUCCACAAAAAUGAUGGAGACUACAAAUUUUUCUCAAGAAGUGGUAAUGAGUACACUGAUACCUUUGGCUCGAACCGGUACGAAGGCAAUCUGGUGCCUUAUAUCUACAAUCUGUUCAAAUCUGACGUAAAGAACUGUAUUCUAGAUGGAGAAAUGUUACAGUUUCAUCCAGAGACCAAAACAUAUGCAACAAAAGCCAUGAACACUGAUGUAAAAUCAGCAAGCAAAGAAGGCUUCCAGCCAUGUCUGCAGGUGUUUGACGUGAUGUUCUACAAUGACAAGGUGCUUACAAACCUCCCGCUGAGAGAGCGUCUUGGCUACCUGGAGAAGGUCUUCACACCAUGUGAGGGACGCAUGAUGAUAAGUCAGCACAGAGAGGCUCGCACAAACCAGGACUGUGCCGAUGCACUGAAUGAGGCUAUCGAUGGCAGAGAGGAGGGUAUCAUGGUCAAGAACCCGGAUUCAGUGUACAGACCUAAUACACGUAAGGGAGGAUGGUUCAAGGUGAAACCGGAGUAUGUCGGAGGCCUUAUGGAUGAGCUGGAUGUGUUAGUGGUGGGCGGAUACUUUGGUGUGGGUCACAGGGCGGGCAUGAUGUCACACUUUCUAUGUGCUGUUGCCGUGCCAACAGAGGAUGGCAACAAACCUGACAUCUUCUACUCCUUCUGCAAGAUUGGGUCUGGGUACAGCAAGAAAGAACUGCAGGAUUUCAAUGCCAAGCUCGCAGAGCACUGGCAGGUGUUUGACAAGAAGAGUCCACCCACUACCAUCGAGCUGGCGCCCGGUUUCAAGGAGAAGCCUGAUGCGUGGAUUGAGCCCAGCAAUUCAUGCAUUGUCCAGAUCAAAGCAGCUGAGAUAAUUGAUAGUGAGAGGUUCAGGUGCGGUGUUACCUUGCGGUUCCCGAGAGUUGAGCGUUUCCGUGACGACAAACACUGGUACGAAUGUAUGACAACCACAGACAUCAAAGAGCUCAAGGAGAAGUCCGGUGGUAAGCUGGCAGGUGGCUAUGUAGAGCUGGGAGACACAGAGGAGCCGAGCAAGAAGAAACGCAAGGUCGUUACCCGGACAGUACGACCAACGCUUGGGGAACAGUUUCGGGCAGCAGAUACUUCAAAUGUGCAACAGGUGUCCAAGAUUCUGGAAGGCCGUGAGGUGUGUAUUAUCAACGGCCCUGGCGGUUGGAAUAAACAAAAGCUGGAAGAAAAAGUAGUUGAGUGUGGUGGAACUAUUGUACAGAACCCAGGGAUAGAGACUUAUUGCGUUGUGGUAGACAGACCGGUGUUCCGGGUAUCCAACAUGCUCAAAUCCAACAACUACGACAUUGUCAGGGCAGACUGGCUCCUCAGAUGCUUUGACAGCAAUACACUCAUUCCAUGGUGCCCAGGGGAUAUGCUGAGUACGAAGCCCUCCACACAGCAUCUGAUUCAACAGGAGUUUGAUGAGCAUGGUGAUAGCUAUGUGGAGGACACAGAUCCAGACUGCUUGAAACAAAUCAUGGCUAAUAUCACUGUUAAACCGUCAGAUAAGCUGAGUAACCAUGACAUUGCAGAGCUAGAAGAGAAAUACUUCCCAGACGAAUCGCCGUACGGUCUGUUCAGAACCUGCAAACUAUACAUGGACAGCAAUGCUGUGGUGGGAGAGGCCGGUACCCACAUCAAGGACAGCUCCCUGGACUUCCUCACCCUGGAGUUACGGUUCUUUGGUGCGGAGAUCUCAACUACCCUCUCUCCUGACCUCACCCAUGUCAUGGUGGACACCAGAGACACCAGUCGUGUUCCAGAAAUUAAACUUGAGAGACGCAGUCGAGCACGCAAAUUCCACAUAGUUACAGAGGCCUGGGUACGCGCCUGCAUGGACGAGGGCGGGCUGGUGAAUGAGAGGACGUAUGAACCCUGACAAUCAGUAAAUCAGCAGAGGUCCAUGUGAUUAUGAUGGGCCCUGUGAACUAGUUGAACGAAUUACCAAGGCAGCUUCAUUAACAGAAUUGUUUUAAAAAAAAUACAGUGAAUAAUUGUCAGAUACUCAUGGCAAGUGAUUAUGCUUCCCUCUUAGAAAAGGAUAGUUAAAUUAUUAUUACCCUUCGAGUGUCUGAUGAUACAGUUGUUAGCUUGUUUUCAAUCAUUCAGAAAUUGUAAUAAACAUUACUGAUGAUUUAUUUGCAUGUUUAAUUUUUAAGGAAGUUUGUUUUUAGAGUUUGUGAUAAAGUGUUGCCAUUUGUUUCUCUGUGAUUCUGCAAUAUACUUAAUAUAAUGCUUA